CAACUGUCAAAACUGCAUUGUUGUGUGUUGUGUUUACUUUACUUCUCAAACUGAAGCCGUGGUAUUUUCUCUCUAAAAUCGAGGUUUUUAUAAAGUUAUAACAAAAGUAAUCAUGAUAGCAGGAGCGCGGAUGGCCCGCUUAGCUCGUGAAGUGAAGAACUUUGAAACUAAGCCGCCGUGGGGCAUAUCUUGCCAUCCAGAGAAGCCAGACAGCUAUGACGUGCUUACAGUCACUUUGCUCGGUCCUAAAGGGUCUCCGUACGAGAAAGGAAGGUUUAAACUGACCAUUACCAUCCCUGAAAGGUAUCCCUUCGAGCCGCCACUGUUAAAAUUCAAUACACCAGUUUACCAUCCGAAUAUUGAUAAAGGUGGCCGUAUUUGCAUGGACAUGCUCAAAAUGCCUCCGAAAGGCGGCUGGCUCCCGACAAUCACUUUGGAGACCCUCCUGGUCUCUCUGCAGACGUUGCUUGCGAACCCCAACCCCGACGAUCCACUUAUGAUGGACGUAGCCAACGAGUACAAGUAUGACAUUGAGACGUUUUUGGAGAACGCUAAAAAGCAUACUGAGAAGCAUGCAGUAGGCACUGUUAAGUUUAAUUAAGAAAUUGUUGUGGAAGAUAUUAUUAUCAUCUCAGGAAGUUUUUUAUUACACGUAAUGCAUCAUCUGACAGAAAGUUCGUAACCGGAAAUUACUCACAAUAUACCUAAAAAUAGAUUGAAGUUUGUGUUAAUUACUCCUAUUAAUGAUUACACUAGAGUUUUGUAUUACGUUUCAUAAUAAUGUAUGUACAAGGUAGUUAACUUGGUCCCAAUAGUAAAGAUAAAUAAUUUACUUACUUUAUCAUAAAACGUUAAACAAAACCCAUAUUGUUUGUUUUAGCUGAUUGACUUUCUGUCAAAUGAUUAUUAUUCCAUUUGCUUAGUUAUAAAAAAAGAGACAAGAAUCUAUAAAAUUUAUCUA